UUGACGUAGUUUUACCAGUCAUUUUGUACCGUGUUGUUCACACGAACAUCGUACUGCGCACCAGAACGAAACACUCUUCGAACUGUGCUGUUCGAUGAAGUGGUUUUUGCAGUUUUACAAAAUCACCAUACUUUGCGAUUUGUUAUUUUUUCGAGCACACAUUUUACACUCAUUUUGCGGACGUCAUCUUCUCUUCACCUCUCUUCCGCGCCAUCCUUAAUAGUAAUUUUCAACAUCGACACAUCGACAGGCAUCAUGGCCAUCCAAGGAAAUCUCGGCCUUCAGGCUAUCCUUCAAACCCACAUUCAUAAACCUGCUCAUUUCCCUCCUAACCUUCCUCCGCUAGACGAUGAACUUGCUGUUCCGUCACUCGUUCCUUCAACCUCGAGGCCUUCACGCUCACUCUGGCCUGAAGGCACGUGUCUAAUUCAAUUUACCAACGAUCAACCCCAGGAUCUGAAGGAAGCCCCCAAUAAAGCAAAACCCAAUCAACAUGGGCAACAUAGAUUAGCCCUGCAAUUUACUAUGAAAUUGGGUGAAAAUACCAACGAAAUCAAUUGCGUUCCGGCGCGCGAUAACGUUGCACCCAUCUCUCAACCCGCCACGCCAACCACGCCGACGGGCUUCCUGAAUAUCCCUUCGCAAGUCAUCCCCCUAACCUCCCCUUCCUCACCCACGAAUUUAGACCACUGGGACGCAUACCCCCUUUGCGCUUCGCCACCGUUUGAAUCGGGAAGAUCUACGACAUCGCCCCGAAAGGGCCUAACGGUUCCCGAGAAAUGCACGGAUAACUACAGCAAACAAUUCACCCUCCUCAAAGAGUGGAUGAAGAAGACGAAUGAAGAAAUAAUUGCGCUCCGCAACACAAAGCACGACCUCAAUUUACCACGCCAACUAGAGAUAUAUCGAACGCUAUUUCGUCAAGCCCCAGAUGACCGAACUCGCCGGUUCGCCGAUAAGAAAAUAAUAGAAAUCGAGAAUCAAAUAUCGUCUCAUUAUAAGACUUGCAUUCAGAGGGAGAAAACGCUCUCUGCCGAAGUCCUAGAUGCUUACGCCAAUUUUGUGGACGUUCGCAGCUUCGAGGCCCAUGCGUCAGCCCGUCGUCGCGUUCUGGAGAUGGUGCAUCAGCCACAGCCAUCUCCACGUGAGAUGUCCAAAACCGAGCGACUGUUAGGUUCAGAUGGUUCCUCAUCUUCCAAUCCUAGCCUUCCAAAAGACAACCGCCUGUAUUUCCACGGCACCCCACUCAAACUAACCACGAUACCUUUUGACCAGGCUGUGGCUAGUGGCCUUGAACAUCUUGGAUCUCUGGACACACUCGUUCCACCUUCGCCGAACACAAGCAAGCCAACCUCUUUGUCUGAGCCACAAGUUCGUACUUCAAAUACACUAUCACCAUCUACAGCCCCAUCAAAUACCUCUAAUAAGCUUAAUAUACCCGACUGGUUCCCACUCCUGAAAAUGCAACUAGAAGGAAAGGACGUCGAAAGCCGAUGGAAAGCACUACUCACGCUCCUCGGCAACCUUGAGAACGCGGCUCGAAGAAAGGACGAACGGGAAGCAGCCACGAAGAAACCGAACUGGGACUUGAAUUGGCACCAUCCUGAUCCCAAGUGGCGCCAUGCCCAUCAGAGAGAACAUGGUGGUUGGUGGAAAUGCAAAACCGGACCCAACGCGUUGAAAGCCGAGAUUGAGUGUCUUGAAUGCCACCAUCGUUACGAGCCUGCAGAACCAAAGGUUGAUCCGAGAGAAACCCUCCGCAAACUUAACGAUUCUAUCUCGAAGGCAAUGGCGAAAGUUGCCGAGAAAGAUGAGGCUAUCGUUUUGGAGAGAAUGCGCAAAGAGAAGGAAGCCUAUGACCGCGAUCUCGCUGAAGAGGACCAGCGUGAGAGUGUGUUCGAUGCAUCGAAAAGGGGUAUCUACCAACGAAGAUCAUGCUAUAACUUCCUUCGGGGUAUAGCGGGGUGAUUUCAAGGAAUUAUGAAUGAUUUCAACGGUGUUUUUUUCCGUACGUGGGGGAGGUAAUGAUGAUACAAAAUGAUACCACGCGAUCAUAGGAGUUUAUGGUGUUGAUGCUAGUAGGUUUUCUACGCACCAAGGACUACGAUCCCGAUCGCAAAAUCAGCAUAGCGAGGCGCCCAGGGUUGCUUUUUAUCGCAUGGCGUGGACGGGCUAGGACAUUGAGGCGAAUUUUUGGAGGCGCGAGUGCAUUAAUGGCUACAGGCGUACGGACCACAGCAUAUUUAGCUUGGGUGUUGCAUUCUUCUCACAAGAAGCGCCAUAGACAUAUCCCCUCUAAUAACUAAUUGAUAAUUUGCACUGGUAA